AUGUCCGCGUUCUUGCUCCUCACGUGUCUGUAUGCGCAAGUUCCGACACUGGAGGAGUUCGAGCGCCAUCGGCAGCUCCAUCCCGACGACCCGGGCGCGCACUCCAAUUAUGGCGCCGCGCUCCGCUCAGUCGGACGCUACUCUGAGGCGCUCGAUGCGAUCGACGAGGCGCUCCGCCUCGAUCCAGACUAUGCGCGCGGCCACAAUAACCGCGGCAACGUUCUGCAGUCGCUCGGCGGCACCGAGCGGCUCGAGCAGGCUGUCGCGGCGCAUGCACGCGCUUCGGAGCUGGACGCGAGCCUGCACACCGCGCACAACAACCGCGGCAACGCGCUCCGCUCACUCGGCCGGCUCGACGAGGCGGUCGAAGCCUUCCGCGCCGCCAUCGCAAUCAACGCCGAGUUUGGCCCCGCCUACUCGAACCUCGGC